UACGCCGCAGCUGUUUUGCGCCGCGACGAUGAAGACAAAGACGCGGUUCCCGGCGGGGCCACGGCCACUUCGGCAGUUCCAUCCAGAUCGACAACCAUGAAGGUCCUCAGCGCCCUCCUCCUAGUGGGCCUCCUCGGGGGCCAGCGUCUGCACGGCCAGGACAUCGCCCCUGACGCCGAGGUGUUCGAGGUGGACGGCACAGGCACCAUCGUCGUGAACCAGCCCACGCCAGCCACGCCGUCCAUCAACGUCAACACCAGCAACGUGAUCCACAACAACAUCCCCGCGCCGCAGGUCAUCCAGGUGCCCGCGUCCCCCGCGUCGCAGCCCCAGGUGGUGGUGAACCCCGUGGUGAACCCCGUGACCACGGCCCCCGUGGUGAACCCCGUGGUGAACCCCGUGGUGAACCCCGUGGUGAACCCCGUGGUGAACCCCGUCGCCACGGGCCGCCUGGGCGUGGGCGUGGUGCCGCUCGGCAGCCUGCUCUUCCGCGGCAUGGGCAUGACGGGCAUGACCGGCAUGGGCGUUAGAGGGUUCGGCACCGCGGGCCUGGCCAGGAUGAUGAUGCCCCGCGUCCUGAUCGGCCGCUAGUGCCGCCACCCGCCACCACCCGCCGGCGCGGCAGCCG